AUGAAUCAAAUUGUAAACCAAAUAAAGUCUAAAUUUAAUUUAAAUAAUCAAACAGAAGAAGAAACUCUUAUUCAAUCAAAUGAAAAGAGUAAAGGAGAAAAAGUAAAUGAUAAACAAAACGACUUUGGUUUCAAUUGCAAAUGUGAGGGUGAUUGGUGUGAAUGUGAUACUAAUCAAUUUUUCAAAGAAAGUAAAGCUAUUGGAUGUUAUAAGAAAUUAAAUGAGUUGUCUAAGGAUGAGAAAGAACGAUUUAAACUAUACGGGAUAUGUUCUGAUUGUAAACAAAUGAAUACCGAAGAAUCGGAAACGGCCAAAGAAUUUCUUAACGCGGAUGAAAUCGAUCCACAAGAAUCAACUGAAACGGCAUACCAUCCUCAAGCAAUUUAUACCAGUCGCUUUUUAAGCUUUGCUAAUCUCCCUAAACCAAUUAAUUCCACAGGAGUUCAAAUUGAAGACUCGGAAGUUCCUGACUCGCAAAUAAUGGAUGUGCUUAUUUCUAUUUAA